CCUUAUCCAGGAGAUCAAUUAACCAACAUUUUUUGGUUUGUUCAGAUCUCCGAUAUCCAUAUUAGUAAAUGGCAAGGAUCUAAACGUGCCGAUGAUUUGAUAACGUUUUGCCAGCAAAGUUUAUCUGUUAUAAAGCCGGAACUAGUUAUUGUAACAGGGGAUCUCACCGAUGCAAAAGACCAGUAUAAACUAUCAUCCACACAAUAUAGGAAAGAAUGGGAAAUGUACAAUAACGUACUUCAUCAAUGUCGUAAUGUCCGAAAGAUGCGAUGGAUUGAUUUACAAGGAAAUCAUGAUGCUUUUGAUGUAUCUGCUCUCUCGAGAAAAAGGGACUAUUAUCGGUUAUAUUCUGCUAGUGGUGGCAUAGAAAAAUGCCGACUUUCUUCCUGUAGAUUUACUUACAAUACCAGUUUUGGUGUCUACUCUUUCAAUACAUUAAAUGCUAUUCCUGAUCCUGGACCUAGGAGGCCGUACAAUUUUUUCGGAUCAUUUGAUAAGAAAGGAAUGGAAUUGAUAAAAAAGCAAGCUGAGGCCAGUAAAUCUGAUAAUAUGACCAUUUGGAUUGGACAUUAUCCUUUAUCUUGUAUCAUUUCUCCACAGCCUGGAAUUCGACAUUUAAUUAGGGAUGGCAUCGCAUAUCUUUGUGGCCAUUUGCAUACUUUACAAGAUCUUGUAACAAAGAUGUAUGCCGUUAAUGGUGAAAAUCAAUAUGAACUAGAGUUAGGGGAUUGGAAAGACAACAGAAAGUAUCGAAUUGUGGCUAUAGACCACGAUCUGUUAUCGUUUUCUGACAAUCAGCAUGGAGAUUGGCCGGUUAUAAUUGUUACUAAUCCUAAAGAUGCACGCUUCUCUGCUCCAGUUCAUGAGCCAUCGUUGCGUAUCAUGCAUUCUACUCACGUAAGAAUGCUAAUUUUUUCAACAUCGCCAAUCACAAAUAUUACUGUGAAGAUAGAUAAUCAAAAGAUUGAUGGCAAAGUUCGUAAUGUUAAAGGACCAUUGUAUGUUACGAAAUGGAAUCCUGCUCGAUAUAAAAAUGGCUUCCACACUAUAACUGUUAUUGCUACGGAUUCACAUGGACGUGUACAACAAGUAUCUCAGGAAUUUUCUGUUGAUGGCGCUCGAUCAUCACUAGAAGUCAUUCCUUCUUUAAUCUUACUUCAUGAUAAUAACUUUUUCUUUCGUAUUUUAUUCUUUGUCGCAGCGGUGGUUAACGUGAUUCCAUUGCUAUAUUUUCGUUCAAUGAAUUACCGCCCUAAUCCAUUAACCAGGCCUUUUCUUCGACUCGCACAAAAUGGUCGAAUUUAUUAUUCACUUCUUCUUCAAGAACUUUAUAUUGUAGCUGGAGGACCAUGGUUUAUUGGCUAUAUUUUAAGCGAUAGUAUUGGCUUUAUGAAUGUUUAUGGAUUAUAUGUUCAAGGUCAAUUUAUUUAUGAAAACUUAACUUACGUUCAUGGAACGUUUCAGCUGCUAUUCUUUAACUUGCCUGUUACAUUUUCCAUCGCUUUAUUAUUGGAUCCAAUUGAUGUAUCGCCGGAUGGAAGUCCUUUUAAUUUGAAUCAGGGUCUUAAAAUUAUGAAAAGGGCUUUUAAUAUCGUAUUACAUCAUAAAUUAUUUUUAUUCAUAAUUAUGGUUGGUUCAUUUAUAUGGCAAUUGUCAAAUUGUUUUAUUUUCUAUUAUACAUAUGGUCUCAUGGCCUUGCUAAUCUCCCCAGUUAGAACUUGGUCUUUAUUCAUAUCAGUGUAUCUUGUAAAGAUUUCUUGGUAA